AUGCACAGCAAGGAGUACAUGCCGCUGCCCGGUUCUCAAAACACCUCCUUUUCCUGGCGGUACAUAUCGCUGGUGUCGAUAGUGCUCGUGUACGGAACUAGUUUGCUGCUCUCUCAGGUUAAUAGUCUCUACGUGAACCACAAGCAGCUUGGUUUGCAGAGGCAGCUUGAUUACCAUCCAGCAGAUAAAGAAAUACAGGGUUUGGCGUUUGACGCUGACGCAAAAGCCAAAAGACCACUUACUUUCAAAGACGUCAGAAAUGGGACGUUUUACGCCGAAAGCAAAGAAAUACAGUGGAUCCAAACCCCGGAAUCCUUGACAAACGACUCCGGAGAUUACAUCGUCGUUGAAAGGGGGAACUACUACUUGAGAAGCUUGCAAGACUCGGCCAAGAAAACCGUGCUCUACGACCUCGGCAGUUCAAUAGAGUACCAGAACAAGACUUAUGCUGUGGAGUCUGUGACCUUCAGCAACGACUUGAAAAUCGCUCUUCUGACGUGCAACAAACGCCACAACUGGAGACAUUCGUUUUUUGCAGCAUACUUCGCUUACAACGUCGAGACAAAGGACAUCCAGCCCAUCAUCGCAUCGAGCACCGAGGAGAACAGCAAGAUCGCCUUGUCUGUCAUCUCCCCAGACUCCUCCAAAAUCGCAUACGUGUUGAACAAUAACGUCUACGUCAACGAUGUGUCUGACUUCUUCAGUCCCGCCAGCAGACAAAUCACCUUUGACGGCGGCGACCAAAUCUUCAACGGCAAGCCAGACUGGGUCUACGAGGAAGAGGUUUUUGAAAGUGACCGUGCCCUUUGGUGGUCUCCAGACUCCUCCCAUCUUGUCAUCUUACGCUCAAACGACACAGAAGUGCCGACUUUCCCUAUUCCCUACUUCGUUCAGAAUAGCCCGGGAAACAGUUCCUCCUAUCCGACGCUUGAGAGCAUCAAGUACCCAAAGGCAGGUUUUGCCAACCCAAUAGUCGACAUCCUCAUCUAUGAUUUGUCGAACGACACCCUCAAACAACUCCCAGCCUCGGAUCCUUUCUACAAUGAUGAAGAAAUCAACAACACCGAUAGGUUGAUCACAGAAGUCACCUGGGUUGGAAAUGAACAGGUUCUUGUGCGUGUCACUAAUAGAGAGUCAGAUAUUCUGAAAAUAUUUAUUGUCUCAUGUCCGUUGUCCGAUUCCGAGAUGUCCUCAAUCGUAAGCCGAUUUGAGGAUGGGAGAGAUGAUAAAUCCUGGUUCGAAAUCUCUCAUAAUACCAUCCACAUUCCGAAAUCGGAGAAAAGACCCUUGGAAGGUUACAUCGACAUGAUGGCCGUUGAUGGCUAUGAACACUUGGCUUACUUUUCUCCUCCAAAUGCUUCCGAGCCAAAAGCCUACUUAACUAAGGGAGAAUGGGAAGUUGUAGACGGCGCUGCCGCUUAUGACUUUGUCAGCGACAAGGUAUACUUUGUUUCCACUGAGAAAUCUUCCAUUGAAAGACACGUCUAUUCCGUCGAUCUUGAAGGUGCUUCAAAGGAAAACCUGACAGAUGUCAGUAAAGAUGGAUGGUUCGAUGUAUCUUUCUCCAAAGGUGCUCGAUAUUUGUUAUUGUCUUAUCAAGGCCCAGAUGUUCCGUAUCAGAAAUUGCUAGAUUUACAUAAAGGCUCUUCCGAAGAUUUUUCAGUCAAUACCGAUCUACAAAAAACUUUGGACGAAUAUUCUCUUCCUGAAGUCAAAUUUGGGAAUAUAACCUUAGAUGAAGGCCUAACAGUCAACUACAAGGAAACGCUUCCUUUAAACUUUGAUCCUCAGAAGAAAUAUCCGCUUUUAUUCUUUGUUUACGGGGGUCCGGGUUCUCAACUAGUACAAAAGCCAUUUUCGAUUUCUUUCUCUUCUGUCAUUGCAGCUGAACUGGACGCAGUUGUUGUCACUGUCGACGGACGUGGUACAGGCUUCAAGGGAAAGAAAUUCCGGAAUAUUGUUAGGGACAACUUGGGGUAUUAUGAAGUUUUGGAUCAGGUUACAGCAGCUAAGCAUUGGAUUUCCUUGGGAUACGUCGAUUCAGAACGUACUGCUAUCUGGGGAUGGUCUUAUGGUGGAUACAUGACCCUUAAAACUUUAGAACACGAUCAAGGUGAGGUCUUCAAGUAUGGAAUGUCGGUUGCUCCAGUUACAGACUGGAAAUUAUAUGACUCCGUGUAUACGGAAAGGUAUAUGCAUACUCCACAACAAAACCCAACAGGCUACAAAAACUGUCGUGUUGGUGAGGCCGAAGGAUUCAAAAACGCAAAAAGAUUUUUAUUAAUGCAUGGUACGGGUGAUGAUAAUGUUCAUUUCCAGAACAGUAUGCAAUUUAUCGACUCUCUUGAUGUUGCAGGUGUUGAAAAUUAUGACAUGUACGUUUUCCCAGAUAGUGACCACAGCAUUCGUUGGCACAACGCAGGUAUGGUUGUAUACGAUAGGUUAUUUACUUGGUUGAAGAGGGCAUUUGACGGUGAGUUUGAGGACGUCUACUCUCUCAAUGCAGUAAAGCCUAAUGGUCACAUGGAUGAUCGCUUUUUUAUAGAUUUAUAUGGUUAG